AUGAAGGCUACACACAGUGCCACCUGCAGCAAUUGCUCAGCUACUGAUCACCUUCGUCGGGAUUGCCCCCUUGUGAAGUGCAUCUCCUGUGGGCGUUUGGGACACUUUAAGGAGGACUGUCCGAAUGAAAAGAAGCGUGCACGCGCUGAAGAGGACGGUGAUGGGUCGGUCUGCCGAAGCUGCGGUUCGUCGAGACACGUGCAGGCGAGCUGCCCUCUUCGUAAUCAGACCAUGGAGUGCUUUCAGUGCCAUCAGAGGGGUCAUAUGAUGCCAACGUGCCCAUUGACUCGUUGCUUUAACUGCGGUAGUUACGGCCACAGCUCACAGCUCUGCCACAGUAGGCCGCUUUGCUUUCACUGCUCCCUGGCUGGGCACAUAUCCACAAAAUGCCCCAUGAAACAGAAGGGCCGAGUUUGCUACCGGUGCAAGGAGCCUGGCCACGAGAUGUCGGAGUGCACUCAGAACGUGGUGUGCCACAUGUGCAACCAGACGGGGCACCUCCUCGCCCAAUGCCCGGAGGCGCUCUGCAGCCGUUGCCACGAGAAGGGUCACAUUGCCAGUUCGUGUUCGAAACUCCGCUGUCAUAUUUGCAGUGGCCAGCAUCCCACGCUGCAGUGCACGCAGAACUCCUCUGCGACAGGCGGAGUCAUGGAUGGCGGUUCACUGGAGACGAACUCGAACGACACCGACAGCUCGCGCGGGGAUAAUUCUGACGCGAGCCCAGCUACUGUUCCUGCUGAUAUUGUAGUACCUCCGUUUGAAAAGAGUGGAGUUAAGUGUGAAGGGCGCGUCGCUGUCAUUAUCGAUGGUGGCUACUUUGAGCGCGCCCUUAAGGACCACAAAAACCGUGACGAGGCGCAGUUUAAACGCACAGUAGAGGUGCUGCGCUACACGCUCGACUUCCUCGGGGAGGUGUUCCAGAAGGAGCCAGUUGCGUACUGGUUCGACACGGACCCGGCCGCUUUCACGGAGUACAUCGAACAUUCCAUGCCGCUAGCCCACAGAGAAAAGGCGUUCCGCGAGAGCAACCUUCGCAAGCGACUGUUGGCGGACGAGAUGAAUGGCGGCCGGCGGCUUAGCAAUGUUGUGGCCCGCCUCGUUGGGCGAAUGAAACUGCAGAAGGGGUAUACCCGAGAUGGGCCAAGACAAGUGUGGGUUCAGACGGGCGUUGACGUGGCCAUUGCGACAUGCGUCAUCGAGACAUUUAUACACCGCCAGUUUGAACAAGUAGUCUUACUUUGCGGCGAUGCCGAUUUGUACCCCGCUGUUCAGUACUGCCACACCCAACGGCGCAUCUCCUCUGCACUGGAGAAGUCUAAUCCGGUACGCAUGUGCGGUACAUCGUCAUCCAUGUCUAAAGUGUACGGUCGGGAUCAGGACCUCAGCGACUUUCUUCCGCGAAUUCUGCUUGAUUUACCCCGCCACACCGAGGGGCAUAGGGAGGUCGAGUUUCCAACACAUACCAUGUUCCUUUAG